AAUCGCUUAAUUUGCCCUUUUUACAAAUCGUGAUAAUAAAUUUGAUCGAAAGUGUUUCUAUCAAAAAAGAUCGAAAGCGAAUUCAUUCUCUCCGGCGAAGCAACCAUUAUCUCCGGCGACGCAACCUUUAUCUCCGGUUUAAUUUUGUUGACAAUUGUGGUCGUGAAUUGGUGCCCUUGUUCAAACAACAAUGUCAUCUAUACUUAAAGGGGAGUCGAGGAGGUUCAACAAUAAACAAAGAGCACGACAUCAUUUGACACCACAGAAGAGACAGGAGAUCAAGGAAGCUUUUGAGUUAUUUGAUACUGAUGGCUCAGGUACUAUUGAUGCUAAGGAGUUGAAUGUUGCCAUGAGGGCCCUUGGAUUUGAGAUGACGGAAGAGCAAAUUGAGCAAAUGAUAGCAGAUGUGGACAAGGAUGGGAGUGGAGCGAUCGACUAUGAUGAAUUUGAGCACAUGAUGACAGCCAAAAUAGGAGAAAGGGACACUAAAGAGGAGCUCAUGAAAGCUUUCCAUAUUAUUGAUCAAGACAAAAAUGGUAAGAUAUCUACAACAGACAUCAAGCGCAUUGCAAAAGAGCUCGGUGAAAAUUUUACUGAUAGAGAGAUUCAGGAGAUGGUUGAUGAAGCAGACCAAAAUCAUGAUCGAGAGGUUGAUCCAGAGGAGUUUAUCAUGAUGAUGAACAGAACAAGCUUCCGUCACUAGUCAUGUAUAUCUACAUGGAGUAGUUAACUUUAUUUGGCUUGACUAUAUAUAUACAAAAAUCAGAUGAAGUUGUAAUUUAAAUUCUAUGUUUUGAGUUAUUAUAAAAUUAAAUUAUGAUUUUUACCGUUCAA